CGACGACUACCCACAUAGAAGAAAAAGAUAAAAUAACGAAAGAUGUCUGGUGCUACUUUCGGCUUAUUGUCUCCGUUCGACCACACUACCCAGUCUUGGGAGACGUACAAAGGACGUAUUGCGCAGUGGUUCAUCGCGAACGAUAUUGACAACACCAAAGAUGCCGGGGGGAAAAAGAGACGAGCGAUCCUCCUUAGCGCACUCAAUGACGGCACGUACAAGCUUGCAACGGACCUUGCGUUACCGAAACAGCUGCAGAGCGUGCCAUACGAAGAUAUCGUCAAGCUGCUGGACGAUCACUUCACUCCGAAACGCUGUGGAUUCAGUGAGCGGUACAAAUUUUACGCGGCUACACAGCAGUCAGGGGAGACUUUUCAACAAUGGGCGGCACGGUUGCGCGGGUUAUCGGCGUACUGUGAGUUCAGCAAUGUGGAAGAGGCUCUUCGUGACAAAUUCGUCAUGGGAAUGUUAUCCGGUCCGGAGAAGGAGAAGCUCUUUGCGCGGGACCUUACGGUGCUCAGCACUCUAGCCAAGGCCGUCGAGCUGGCUGAAAGUGUACAUUGUGCGCGCGCGGGGGCAGCGGCCUCACAACCGGUGCAAACAUCCCAGGAUUUGUUCAAGGUUGAACAAAAGCGACACCGAGAAAGUACGCCCGGGAGCAGCGGCGGCGGUGACGAUAAAAAAGAGCAGUGUCAAGUGUGCGGUUACUAUAAUCACAAAACAUUGCAGUGUCGUUUCGCGAAAUCUAGGUGUAAAAAGUGUAAAGCUAAAGGGCAUCUAAAAAAGAUGUGUAAAAGUGUAAAUUUCAUGACGGUGAACGCCGUGGAUGAGGGAGAUGACGAUGAUGAUGAUGGUGAGUGUUAUAAAAUUUUUAACAUCCGUUCAAACAAAGGGGAACCGAUGAUUGAAACAGUUUUAAUGUUAAACCGUCCGAUUAAUCUGGAAAUAGAUACAGGGGCAGCCGUAACUGCGUUGCAUGUAAAUACGUAUAAAAAGCAUUUUAGCGAUGUACCAUUGUCAGUUACAAAGAAUCGGUUAAUCACAUUUACGGGUGACAACAUUCCAUGUUUGGGGGCAGUCCGCCUACCCGUCACUUACGCGAACCAAACUCAUUCGCUUAAAGUUUACGUUGUGCGUAAGGCAGGCGCCGACGUCCUAGGUCGUGAUUUUAUUUCGCAGUUCAAUUUAGAGCUUGCGUUAAUUACGCCAGUCCGUUACUGUGCACAAGACCAGGAUACUAGCAAUAUAAUAAGGGAAUUGGAAAAACGUUACGCCUCAGUGUUUUUAGAUAAAUUAGGAAAAUUUAAUAAAUAUAAAGUCAGUUUGCAGCUAAAAGAAAACGCUAAACCGGUUUUUAUCCGCGCGAGGCCAAUUGCAUUCGCCCUGCGGGACAAAGUCGAUAAGGAAAUAGAUCGAUUAUUAUCAGUAGGAGUUUUAAAACCGGUCGAUCACUCACAGUAUGCGUCACCCAUUGUGCCGGUAUUAAAACGUAAUGGGGCGAUAAGGAUUUGUGUUGAUUAUUCGACGGGCGUAAACAAACAGCUGGUGGUUGACCAGUACCCCUUACCUACUGUAACCGAACUUUUUGCUAAGCUGUACGGCGGGAAACAGUUUACGAAAUUAGACCUAUCUAAUGCUUAUAACCAGUUUGAGUUAGACGAAAAGUCGCAAGAAUUAACUAGUGUAAAUACUCACCGCGGUUUGUUUACGUAUACUCGCAUGGUUUUCGGUCUCUCUUCGGCGCCUGCCGUGUUCCAGCGCGCCAUGGAGGGGGUGCUGGCUGGUGUACCGGGCACGCUGUGCCUACUCGAUGACGUACUCGUCACGGGCGAAAACACCGAGCAGCACCUAACCAGGCUGAACGAGGUACUUAGAAGGUUACAAGACGCCGGCCUCACGUUACAAAAAGAGAAGUGCGAAUUUUUUAAAGAUGAGGUAAAUUACCUAGGCUACGUGAUAGAUAAACAUGGCUUACAUAAAUCACCGCUUAAAGUCAAAGCUAUGAUAGACGCUCCAAUACCGCAGAAUGAAAAACAAUUACAAUCCUUUUUAGGGUUAGUAAAUUACUAUAGGAGUUUCGUGCCGAAUGCGUCGGCCGUUCUGAGUCCGCUAUAUGACCUGUUAAAAAAAGGGGUAAAAUGGUGCUGGACUAAAGAACAUGAUAGGGCAUUCGUGGCUAUUAAAGAAUGUUUGGCUUCUGAACAGGUGUUAGCGCAUUUUAACCCUGCGGCUGACAUAGUGCUGACCGUUGAUGCUGGACCUUGUGGCCUCGGUGCCAUUUUAUCCCAGAUUGAAGCUGAUGGCACCGAACGGCCUAUUUCAUUCGCAUCGCGCACCCUGAAUGCUGCGGAGAAGCGUUAUUCACAGCUUCAGAAAGAAGCAACCAGCAUUAUAUUCGGGAUACGAAGGUACCACCAGUAUUUAUACGGUAGGGCGGUACCGUUCACCCUUCGUACGGAUCACAAGCCCCUAUUGUCGAUUUUUGGGCCGUAUCGUGGCAUACCGGAAGUGUCAGCAAAUAGGCUUCAACGUUAUGCUAUGUUUUUAAGCGGUUACAACUAUAAAAUCGAAUAUGUUCGGAGCGCGGAUAACAAUGCAGAUUUCUUAUCUCGAGCCUGUCUUCCCGGCCCGGCGCCGGCGGGGUCGCGGGGUCCGGCCGCGCGCUUCGCAAACGCCACGACUGAUAUUCCCGAUCGAGCCUCGUACAUUAAUUUCGUUGUGGAUGGUAAUUUACCGGUGACAUUAAACGAGCUGCGCCAGCACACGGAGAGAGAUACUGUUUUGCAAAAAGUGAUUAAUUUUAUUUCAAACGGUUGGCCUAAAAAGGUAUCAGACGAGGCCCUGAAACCUUAUUAUUUAUGUCGGUUACAGCUGUCUUAUGAAAACGGUUGCGUCAUGAGAGGUCACAAAGUGGUUAUUCCAGUGAAAUUACAAAGCGUAAUCUUAGCGGAAGUGCACCAAUCCCAUUUAGGUAUUGUAAAAACAAAAGCUGAGGUUCGGUCUAGGUUCUGGUUUCCGGGAGUAGACGCGGCAUUAGAAAGGUUGAUAAGUGCUUGCACCGUAUGUAUACAACAACGCCCCUCCCCCGCGCGUGCGCCGCUCGCGCAAUGGGAGUACCCGCCGUGCGCGUUUCACAGGAUACACUGUGAUUUUUUAGGACCGAUUAACGGAAGCUCAUAUUUAGUAAUAGUAGAUGCAUAUACAAAAUGGGUAGAAGCCUAUAAUAUGAAAACCAAUAUUACGUCUUUAGCGACUAUAGAAAAAAUCUGUGAAUUUAUGUCACGGUUUGGAAUUCCACAUACAUUAGUAACCGACAAUGGUACGUCGUUCACGUCGCGCGAGUUUGAGGCUUUUUGCAGGUUAAACGGCAUUUCACAUGUUACAUCACCGGCAUAUAAUGCGGCUAGCAAUGGGCAGGCGGAAUCGUACGUCAAAAUAAUUAAGAAGGGCAUUAAAACCAGUUUACUGAAUGGUAAUGGGGUACAGAAUUCGUGGAAAAGACUGCUGAAAUACUUAUUUGAUUAUAGAAAUUCUGUACACACUACAACGGGGGUUUCGCCUGCUCAGUUGGUAUAUGGGCGGAAGUUAAAGACUCGGUUAGAUUUAAUUAACCCUAAAAUACCGUCACCCUCAUCCCCGGCGCUCGCUGAUACAGUACGAAAAAAUCAGUGUUUGCAGAAUAGACCUUCAAUGUGCCGUAAGGCGCAAGUUUUCACGCCAGGGAAUUUAGUAUUAUUUAAGGCCUUUCAGGCAAAUGGUAAAUUUAAGUGGUGCCGAGGCACAAUCGUAAAAAAAGUUGGUAAAGUUGUUUAUAUAGUAAAAGACAAUAUAACGUCAAAAACAUUUAAAAAGCACAAAAACCAAAUCGUGUUAGAUAAAGGGCACGAUUGCGCUUACCCUAGUUACUGGAAUGAAGACAUAGAAAUCUGGGAGGACGACGAUGACACAUCAUCGCCCAGUCCGCCAGCGCCGAGCGAGGAACUGCAGCCUAGCACGGGGGAGGAAGGAGAACGGACAUUGAUUGCAGAUCCACACCCUGUGACAUCAGAGCCUUCCGAGCCAAUAGACACACCGCUGGAGUCAAUACCAGGAGACCAGUCCGAAGAAGAUGAAUUCCUGGAGGCCCUACCUGGUCCGGCCACUGAACCCGAGAAUCGAGACUCUGACGUCUCCGCUGAUAACGAUCUCGUGCCUACUACCCCUCGGACAAAGCGCAAUCGACCCAAGAUUAAUUACAAACCAUUCUUUAGCAAUAAAUAGUUGUAUUCUUUUGUUAUUCUUAGUUAAGUAUAGUUUAGACGUGUAUGUAAGCUAUGGGGAGGAAUGUUGCAUAUGUAUGUGUGCUCACGCACACACCCACCGCGCUAACUUACGAAUACACGUCAGUACGCUAACAGCAAGCAGUAGUUUCACUUGUCUCACCCCACGUAUCCAUCACCCUGUCAAUCCCUAGAACUGUGACAAAUUUUUGUUUUUUUAAUGCCCUGGAUGCCAGCCCUUUAAGCCAAAUCUCAUAGAAAAAGGGGCAAGCUAUGAUGGCGCCAUCUCUGCAAACCUUUGACAGUUGCCCAUUCGUACGCUCGACCGACGUCAGCGACCGAUGUCAGCGUAGGAGGAAAUCAAACCUUAUUCUCUUAACAAUAAAGUCGCGUCAAGAUCAUUUUGAACACCUCGCCCGCUUAGCAACUUCUGCUGCUGACUGGACGAUGGUAAUGUUGUAAUAAAAAGAAAUGUUUAAUUAUGUUGAAAAAUGCAGAAAAUACUCGCAUCUAUUUUUUUUCUGGAAUACUUGGAUUUGUAAAAGUAUCACAGUAUUCCUUUACAAUGUAUUACAAUAUUUCUUACCACGUCACUCAUACAUUUCUUCUUCCCCUGACAUUUUAAUUUACAACUAUAAUGAACAAGUAUAAUUUUAUGUUAAACUGAACAUAUUAUAGAAGUACAUGAAAUAAAUGUUAACAGACAAUUUUAGAUAUAAGACAUUGUGACGAAACUGACUUUAUUGACAGUAAUCAAAUUAAUUUGAGUAAUUCUUGUACCCAUGUACAGUCGCCAUCAGAUAUAUCGGAACGGCUGAGGCGCUCACAAAUAUCUGAACACGCCUCUAUUGUUAAGGCGUCCUGUUCAGAUAUUUUUGAGCGCUUCAGCCGUUGCAAUAUAUCUGAUGGCGACUGUACAACUCUGUCAGUUCAAAACUAAUUUUUAUCAAGCAGUUACGACUGCGAGCGAUACAAUUUUUUUUUUUAAAUAAACUUGGGGCUCCGGUACCGUUAAGGUAGAACAUUUAUUACGGUAGAUGUGUAGAAUGGAGAUAUUCGCACGGUUUUGAUAAGCUUUGGUAGCUGAGUUGGCUAAGAACGGUGUUCUGAAAGGUUGCAAAUUCGAAUUGCCCGAAGUGGUGAAUUUUUUCCAUUUUUGCUUUAUUAUAAAAAUAACUGUUCAUCUAGCCAUAUAAACGAAAUGAAAAGACCUUAAGAACUCACCCAUACUUUCAAAACUGUAUUCGCCAUCACAAUAGACAUCAGUCGCCAUCAGAUAUAUCGGCGCGGCGAAAGCGCUAACAAAUAUCUGAACACGCCUCUAUUGCCGAGGCGUUUAGUGUUAGAUAUUUUUGAGCGUCUCGGCCGCUCCGAUAUAUCUGAUGGCGAGUGUACAAUGGAAGUUUUUGAAGCUUUUUCCUUAUUAUACAUACAUAAUUCAUCUCGGUGUCACGUAAAAUGCAUGUUGUAAAUAUUCUAUGUAAUUUACUCGAUUUUGAGUAUGUUUUUUUUUUAACGGUAAUGGGCGUUUUCUAAAAUACCUGAUUCUUUCAAAUCUGGACAUUAUUGGGCUCAUUCUACUCAGAAUCGACAGCAUUUUCCAUCCUGCCAUUAAAAAAAGAUGUCCCAAAAUGUCCAUUACGUCACAUUUGUGUGAAAAACUUGUUCACUUGUAUGUGCGUGACGUAGUGGAAUGUAUGUUCAUACAUAUUUUUGGGAUAUUUUUUUGUCAUCAGGAUUGAAUAUGCUAGUGAUUCUGAGUUGAAAGAACCCGAAAACACCAGGAUCUGUGAGAAUCAGGUUUUCAAUAUUUAUUUUAGAAAACGCCCUAAUACAUUAUGUACUCCUUUUGAUUUUUGGGACCAGUCCUUGCACGAUUUUUCACACAUAUACUCAAGGGGUGCACUGCACACCUGAUUUUCAAGCGUCCAUUGGCUACUGUGUUCGCUAAUUAUGAGACAGGAUACUUAUGCCAUCGUUUAGAAAAUGUCGGGACUGCUUACAAAAACCAAAUUUAAUUCUAGGUUAGUUUGUAAAAAUCCUAAGUAAAUUAAUAAUAAGUUAGAUGUUUCUAAGCCUGAUUUGAACUGGAAUAAGGAUUUAAUCUGAGAUUAAACAUAAAUCUUGAAAUAAAACUUAUUCUCUUUGUCGAAUUAAAACUAAGGCGGGCGAGUAUCCGCCUUACUGGAUGCGUUACAUUUUAUAUAAAUUUACGUCUCUUUGAUUUUUUAUAAUAAACUAAAUAUACUGAUUUAAGUCCAUUUACAAGUGUGUAAUAGCGGAUUCUUGAUGUCAGGAAUAUAUGAUUUCCAAUAUA